AUGGUCCGCGCCCUCAAGCACCACGAGAAAAAACUCCUCCGCAAGGUCGACUUCCACACGUACAAGUCGGACAACAACCACCGCGAGUCGACGAUCCGCACGCGCUACCAUCUGCAGGACCCGCUCGACUACCGCAAGUACAACAACCUGUGCGGCUCGCUGCGGCAGCUGGCGCACAAGCUGAGCGAGCUGGACCCCGCGGACCCCGUGCGCCGCAAGCUCGAGGCCAACAUGCUGGACAAGCUGUGGCGGAUGGGCAUUCUGAAGCAGAGCCGCGAGCAGGGGGCCGGGCUGUCGCGGGUCGAGCGCGAGGUGACGGUGUCGGCGUUCUGUCGGCGGCGGCUGGGCGUGUUCAUGGCCAGGUCUGGGAUGGUGGAGAAUGUUGUUGCUGCAAACACAUUCAUCGAACAAGGCCACGUUCGGGUCGGAACGGAGGUCGUCACCGACCCCGCCUACCUGAUCACCCGCAAUAUGGAGGACUUUGUGACCUGGGUCGAUAGCAGCAAGAUCAAGCGGACGAUCAUGAACUACAGGAAUAAGGUGGAUGAUUUCGAUUUGUUGUGA